AUACUUCGAAGAAAAAUGUCUUGGAUUCAGUUUGAACAUUGUCAGCGAACAACGAAAACCAUGAACAAGAAGUGGUCUAAAUUUUUGACAAUUUUCGUUUUGGCAAUUUUGGCUAGCCAAGUCAGUUCAGCAGCUAUCAAUUAUGAUGAUUCUGCUGAUCCCGCUGAGACCAUUGACUUUGGCACAGCUUUGAAAAUGUUCUACAUGGCAUUCCAACGUUUGAUGCCAUGUGGCUAUCCACCACUCAAUAUUCCCGUUUUGGCACCUUUCACAAUGGAUUUCUACAGUUUUAAUCUAACAAAUGGUUACUAUAGCGUUGUUGGUAACGUCUCCAAUUUCAUGGUAACCGGUUUGAACAAUUUCAAAUUCCUUGGUUUCGCCUACAACAGCACCACCAAUCGCACCUCCUUCGAUAUUUUCUUCCCCCAGGUGCAAAUGUUGGCUGAAAGUCAAAUGGACGCCAUGGCCUUUGUUGCUGGCUACCCCGUGAGAAUGGCCGACUCUGGCUUGUUGGAUGUCAAAGUACAAGAUUUCCGCAUGGUUGGAGAUUUGGUACUAUCACCAUCGACCGUCGAACCUAAUAGUUUGGAAAUAUCCGAUUUUGUUUUACAUUUCUCCAUCGGUGAUGCCAUCUACAAUAAUUGGAAUAAUUUGUGGGAUAUUUCUGGCAAUAAUUUCAUAAAUAAAUUUGCCGGAGAAUUUACCAAGAUGUGGGUGCAACAGAUACAAGCUCAAGUGGAGCAGAUCUAUGCUCAAUUGAUGUUGCCCAUUGUAAAUGGCAAAUUGGUUGGCAUCACAAUGGAAGAUUUGAUUAAUUUCUUUGUCGAAGAAUCCAUACAAUUUAAUAUGGCUAAUUGUACAUUGUAAGAAAAAGGUACAUAUGCCUUGACAUAUGUAUGUAUGUGUAAAUAUGUAAAAAGUUUUAAAUAAAUUAUUAUGCAAGAC